GCCGGCUUGAUCAAAGCCGCCUCGCUUGCCUCGGCCCUGUCCUCUUUCUCGCCCUCACCAACCCGCCCCUCGUAUCCGCUUCCGCCCCCUUCCCUGUGUCGUCGCAACCAUGGAGGCUGCACCGACGAGAGAGCAAAUCAGGCAAAAGAUCCUGGAGAAAAAAGGACAAUACACCAUCCGCGAUUUCGACGGCUAUGCGGUCAAGGUCCACCGAGACACCAGCCAGAAACUCUCGAUUACCAUCUGGGACCAUCUCGAGCCCGAGGCCGUCUACGUCGGCACCUUUGAAGAGUCGCUGAUCGCAGAAGCCUAUGCCGAACUCACGUCCGAGGCCGGCAUUUUGCGCAUCGAGGAGGGCAAGAUCGACACCAACCUCGUGCCACACCAACUGGACAUCCGUCGCCGAUCUGCCCCGACCCUCUCGUACAUUCUCAAGCGCGAGCUCAUUCCGGCCUCGAUCGUUCUGCGGAACGAAAUCGACCGGCUGCGUUGGGUUGGGCCGCAAGGCGCGGGCGUGGCGAAAUCCAUGGACGAAGCUCUGAAGCGGCUUUCGGUCGAUCCAGACAACCUGGAGCAAGUUUCCCCGGACUACAUCCAUGGCCGUCUCGAAUUCAUGAGCGAACACUACGCCAAGGCCGCCGACUAUUUCCGCAAGGCUGCAUACAAGGACCAUGGUCUCUCGCAGAAUGCUCUUGGUCUCUGCCAUGAAAUCGGAGGCGACCCUGUCGGCGCGGCACGCUGGUUCGAGAAGGCGACUGAAUCCGGAUGCUUCGAGGGCGCCACCAACCUGGGGCGCUGCUACCUGGAAGGCAUCGGCGUCGAGCAGGACUACACCAAGGCCGUGGAGCAGUUCAGCCUCGGGGCCGAGCACGAUGACAUGGAGGCCCUCAACUAUCUCGGGCUAUGCUACCAGCGCGGCCACGGCGUCGAGGUCGACUGCGAAAAGGCCGUCGACUACUAUGAGCGAGCGGCCGAGAUGGGCCACGCCGAUGCCCAGAACAACCUCGGCCAGUGCUUUGAACACGGCUCGGGCACAGACCAGGACGAGGUCAUGGCCUUUGCCCUCUACCAGAAAGCCACCAAGCAGAAGCACAAGGGCGCCCGCAAGAAUCUGGCCGUCUGCUAUCACCGCGGCAUCGGCGCCCAGGCCGACAAGAACGCAGCCAUCUGUCUCUACCAGGAGAUUGUGGACCACGGCGACGCCGACAUCGAAGUGCACUACAAUCUCGGAACGCUCUACUACGGCGCCCUCGAGUACGACGAGGCCGUGCGGUCGUUCCGACGGGCUGCCACCAACGGGCACAUCAUGGCGCAAAAGUACCUGGCCGACUGCUUCCGCUUCGCCCAGGGCGUCGUCGCCGACACGACGGCAGCGGUGCGUUGGUAUCAGCGUGCUGCCGACCAGGGCUGUGUUGAGGCCCAGUGCUCGUUGGUGCAGUGCUACUUUGACGGAGUCGGCGUUCCGCAAAACUACGCCCUGGGUAUGGAGUGGUAUCGCCGCACGCGAGCAGUCGCCCCCGACUUGGUUGCCCUGCAGUCGCUGCAGUCUACAUACGGCCCGAAACUCAAGGAGCUCGGCGAUGGAUACUGCGAAGGCACGUUUUCGUUCGGCAAGAACGAGCCCAAGGCGGUCGAGUACUACCAAAUGGCAUCGGAGCUUGGCUGUGCCGCGGCACAAAACAAGCUCGGGUACUGCUAUGAGGUGGGGCUGGGCGGACUCGUUCCCAGUAACGAGCUGGCCUUGAUCCACUACGAAAAGGCGGCUGCCCAGGGCCUGGCCCACGGCCAGUACAACCUCGGUGUCUGCUAUGAGAAGGGCAUCUUUGUGGACGUGGAUCUGGACAUUGCUCUGGCAUGGUACCAAAAGGCUGCAAUCCAGAGCCACAAGCAAGCCCAGAAAGCGGUCGACCGUUUGUCCAAGAAGCGAGCAGACCCAGCCCCUUAAGCAGGAGGCGACUUUGGUUGUCAUGAAAGCCCUCGCUCUCCAAGCAAGCCUGACAGCUCGAUUCUCUUCUGAUGGGUUUACUUCCACCCUGUUUGUCCGGUUUUGUUGAUUUGAUUUGAUUUGACUUGAUUUGAUUUGCCUUGCACUUGCCCUUGCUUCCCGUUUGUUUAUCUUCCCUUUACUUUCUUGUUUGAUAUAGUUCACACCGCCUCUCGGAAAUGGCUUCACUUCCCUCCCCCCAUAGACGUUUUGAAGGCCCAGGUCUUGGUUUGGAACCAAACUCUGAAUAUAACACCGUUAUAUGA